AUGGAGUCCACUCGGCGCGACGAUGCAAACGAGACCAGCAGCACCACGAGUAUCAACGGUGCAGCGAAUGUUGAGAUUGACUUAUCCGGGCUCAUUGGAGACGUCGUUCAUGUCGUCGACAAUUUGCUAAACCUCCCGACCUCUGAGGGUCAGGAGAAGCUGGUCGUGGCACAUCACAUGGUGGGGAACACCUAUCCCUACAUUAUUGACGAUUGGAAGCGCGACAUACAACUUGCUUCUUCGCACUCCAUCGAUGGAUUCGCUCUAAACAUCGGUCGCGAUGAAUGGAUGGGCGAUCGCGUCGCAGAUGCGUAUUCCGCGGCUCAAUCGAGCGGAACAAACUUCAAGCUCUUUCUCAGUCUCGAUAUGACAUCACUCCCUUGUGCAUCAGAAGCUGAUAUUCAGGCUUUGGAGCGAUGGGUUCUUCGGUUCGCGCAUCACCCAAAUCAGCUUGUUUACAAAGGGAAGCCCCUCGUCUCGACGUUUGCCGGGGAAGGAUGUUCGUGUGGAGGUAACUUCUCUGCGGCAUGGACCCUGUUCAGAAAUCUGAUGAAGGGAAACGUCCAGUUUGUUCCCUCCCUCUUCGUGGAUCCCGGCACCCUCGCUACAAUGCCGUUUCUAGAUGGCAUAUUCAACUGGAAUGGCGGUUGGCCGACGCAGCUCAAUGAACAGUCAAGCGCGAGGCAGAUCGCCGAGGCAGUGGCUUCUCUUAAUACGGAUGCAACCUACCUCUCUGGCUUGAUCGAGAAGACGUACAUUGCUCCCGUCUCGCCAUGGUUCUUCACUCACUACGGCCCAGAUACGUGGAACAAGAAUUGGAUCUACAGAGGUGACGACUGGCUUUAUGUCAACCGCUGGGAAGAGUUGGUCAAUAUGCGUGAUAGUGUCAACAUCGUAGAGAUCAUCAGUUGGAAUGAUUACGGAGAGUCUCACUACAUUGGCCCGAUUGCCGGUGCGCAACCUAAUUCUCAAGGAUGGGUCGACGGCUUCGAUCAUCAAGGGUGGCUGGAACUCAGCUCGUACUAUAUCCAAGCGUUCAAGACUGGCUCUUUCCCUCAGAUCACCGAAGACAGAGUCUUUGUGUGGGCACGACCACAUCCCAAGAACGUGGAUGCCCCGGACCACGUUCCCAGACCUCAAUACGCAGAUUUGACCGACGACUUCUUUUGGGCUAUCAUCUUCUCCAAGUCACCCGCAAUAGCGAUUCUUUACACACCUGAUCCUGACACGCAUUCGAUCGAAUCUCCUGCGGCUACAAUCGACAUUCCCGCCGGUGUCACCAAGCUUCGUCAUCCUCUGGCCACAGGGAAGACAAUGGCUGUUCGACUUGAGCGAGAAGGCGCACCCGUCCUCGAUUACCGCGCAGACGGAUUUUUAUUCGAUCCAAAUCCAAAGGUUUACAACUUCAACGCACGCCUUCUCGUGUCCACCUUCCUUCUCCUUUUCACCGUCUCUCAGGUUUCUGCCCUCGCGGUUCGUCAGCUCACCAAACGUGUCUGGGAUGAGAGUGGUGCUCUCGGUGUCACAAAACAUGCUUCAAGCACAAGUCAGAAGUUUGUCGUCGCUCACCAUAUGCCAUAUAAAAUCGCAGACUGGAAGGCGGAUAUUGAACUCGCGUCUGCCGAAGGCUUCGACGGGUUUGCGCUCAAUGUUGGCCGCGAUGACUGGCAACCCUCCCGAGUAACAGAUGCGUAUGCGGCAGCCAAAGGCACCAACUUCAAGCUAUUUCUCAGUCUCGAUAUGUCCUCUCUUCCGUGCGCAUCAGCCGCAGACAUCAAGGCAUUGCAGAACUGGACGUCGACUUACAUCUCCAACAGCAAUCAGCUCAUGUACAAUGGCAAGGCACUUGUUUCGACAUUCGCUGGUGAGGGAUGCACGUAUGGAGGAAACUAUCAGUCCACCUGGUCAGCAUUCAAAAAUGGUCUUAAUGUUCACUUUGCGCCUGCACUAUUCAUCGAUAUUGCUAAUUAUCAGUCGCUUAGCUGGCUUGAUGGCGCAUUCAGCUGGAACAACGGCUGGCCGAUACAGCUCACAGAUUCGUCAAGCACAUCGGAUAUUCAGCAAGCCGUUGGCAACUUGAACAAGUCCGAUCAGAGUUGGCUCCAGGCACUCGGCACCAAGUCCUACAUAGCCCCUCUUUCUCCCUGGUUCUUCACUCAUUACGGCCCGAACACCUACAACAAGAAUUGGCUCUACCGUGGUGACGACUGGCUCUUUGCACAACGUUGGGAACAAUUAUUCAAUGUGCGAUCUCGGUUCGACAUCAUCGAAGUCAUCAGCUGGAAUGACUAUGGGGAGUCUCAUUAUAUUGGGCCUAUCGCUGGAGCUCAGCCGAUGUCACAACUUUGGGUAAACGGCUUCGACCAUCAGGGCUGGCUGGACCUUGCUUCGUAUUACAUCCAAGCGUUUAAGACUGGCAACUAUCCGUCAAUCACGCAGGACAAGGUGUACUUGUGGGCACGACCGCACCCAAGGGACGCCACCGCGUCAAAGGACGCCGUUCCUCGUCCUCAGUACACGAAAGUAACCGACGACUUUGCGUGGGCAGUGAUCUUGGCCAAGGCAGACGCAAAUAUUACCUUCUAUACACCUCCACCGAACACAAACAUUAUGGAUAUCACUUCUUACAAUGCUACGAUCAAAGCGGGCGUGACAAAGCUCAAGAUUCCUCUCCGAGCGUCCAACACGAUGGCGCUGCGGCUCCGACGAGCGCAGGCAACGGUUCUUGACUACCGCGCAGAUGGAUACAUUUUCAAUUCUACACCAGUUGUGUACAAUUACAACGCCUGGGUUGGUUCCAAGGUCGUCUGA